AGCAGACAGAGACUCUGAGCUGCUGUGACUGGAAACAGAACAGGGAUCCUGGAACUGAGCUAGCAACAGGGCUCUGGACACUAGCGCAGCUGCUUUACGUCACCCCCUGCAGGUGAUCCGGGAGAGGCUGUAAGCAGAGCCCGUCCCUCGUGUGUUCCCGAAGGCACUCGCCCUCCGCCGGGGAGCCUGCAGGAUGGCAGCCAACGGCACUGUGGGGCCCGAGUCGCAGGAGGUGCAGCGCCGCGUGGAUCAGAUCACAGAUGAGUCUCUGGAGAGCACCCGUCGAAUGCUGCAUAUGGUGGAAGAGAGCAAAGACGCUGGGAUCCAGAUCUUGGUGAUGCUGGAUGAACAGGGAGAACAGCUGGACCGGAUUGACGAGGGGCUGGAUCAGAUCAACCAGGACAUGAAGGAGGCGGAGAAGAACCUGACAGACAUGGCCAAGUGCUGCGGCCUCUGUGUCUGCCCCUGUGCCAAGCUGAAGAACAUCAAGGCCAGUGAGGCGUACAAGGCGGUCUGGGGCAACACCCAGGACGGGGUGGUCUCCACGCAGCCCUCGCGAGUGGCAGACGAAAGGGAGCAGAUGACCAUGAGUGGGGACUACAUCCACAGAAUAACCAAUGACGCACGGGAGGACGAGAUGGAGGAGAACCUGGUGCAGGUGGGGAGCAUCCUGGGCAACUUGAAGAGCAUGGCUCUGGACGUGGGCAACGAGAUCGACAUCCAGAACAAGCAGGUGGACAAGAUCAUGGAGAAGGUCACCGUGAACGAAGAUCGCAUCCAAGAGGCCAACACCCGGGCCAAGAAGAUUCUCAAAAAUGCAUGAGCCCCGGCCCCACGUGCUCUCCCGCUUCGCUGCCCCCCCACCCCGGCUCCCGGUCGUCCAUCUGUCCGUCCCUGCUGUCCAACCUGCCCUGGAGUCUCCAGCGCUGUGUGUUAGGUGGAGCCUCGGAUGCUUGGGGGCGGGCGUAGGGUGUGCGCACUGCCAUGGCACUUAGCGGAUAACAGCCCUACUAUUGCAGCCAGCUAGGGGAGCUCCUUCUGUAGCUCCAGUGGGAGAGGGCUGUCCCUGGGAGCUGAAGGUUGCAGGCUCAGUCGCAGCUGGGAGGGUGGAGUAUGCUACAGACGUAGUGGCUCCAUGUGUUGUGGGCGGGGGGAGGAAUCUUUAUUUCCUCUUGGGGGGGGGUACACAUGUGACCCCCCCCUCCCCCUGCUAUAGGGAAGGCAGACCCUAGUGCAUCCUGCCCCAGUGCAGUGACUCAGAAGGAGGAAUCUGCAUGGAGCUUUCUUCCAGUCUGGGGGAAUUUUUGGAGCGUGACGUGUGGAUAUUUGGCUCUAUUUUCAAACUGCCACAGCCCUGCCUCCUAUGGGACCCUAAUCUCCCUCACCCCUCCUGUUGUGAUUGGGUCCUCAUGCCCCCCCGCCCCCCGCCCCCCAUGACCCUACCCUUGAGGCUCCUUCCCCUGGCUGAGAUGGGUUUUCCCAAGGGCAGAUAAUGAGUGCCGGGGGAGGGCCAGUCAGAUGUGGGAUUGGGCAGUUCUCUGCCCUCUGGAGAGAAAUGGGGGUAGGGGAGGAGGUGAGAGGGAGACAGGAAUUUUCUUGUGCAUUAUCCCAGCCAACUUUGAUUGAGAAAGGUUCCAAGCAGCCUCUGAUUUUAUGAAGCACGUUAACCUGUGGAACUCCCCACCACAAGAUAUUAAUAAUCCCGAGAUUUUAUCAUCCGUAAAUCUCAAAGCACUUUACAAAGGGGAGUGGUGGUGUCAGUAUCUCUAUCCCCAUUCUACAGAUAGGGAAACUGAGGCACAGAGAAGAAAAGUGACUUGCCCAAGCUCACCCGUGGCAGAGUUGGGAAUAGAACCCAGGUCUCCUGAGUCCUGCUCCAGUGCUCUAUCCACUAGGCCACACUGUUCUGAAGAAAGCCCCUAUAUCAACUGACACAAAUGCUUCAGUAGCUAAAUGAAGCCAAACUGGAUUGACAGGACAGCUGAAUCAGAGAGGGUCAGGCCAGAGACUUGCCUGGUUCAAUUCUCCACUCCAUCCUUCCCUGUUAACCUGUGGAACCCCCCACCACAGGAUAUUCCUGAAGCAAACAUUUCAUUAACUAACUGAAGAGAAACAGGAAUGAUGGAAGAGAUGAAUCAGAGAAUGGGGACAUUGGAGAUUUCCCUGGUUGAGUUCCACCUCCAUCCUUUCCUGGUAACCUGUGGAACUCCCCACCACAGGAUAUUCCUGAAGCAAACAUUUCAUUAACCAAUUGAAGAGAAACAGCAGUGAUGGGAGAGAUGAAUCAGAGAAGGGGGACAUCAGAGAUUUCCCUGGUUCAGUUCCCCCUCCAUCCUUUCCUGGUAAUCUGUGGAACUCCCCACCACAGGAUAUUCCCAAAGCAACUAUUUCAUGAACUAAAUGAAGGGAAAUAAGACUGAUGGGAUGGCUGAAUUGGGAGGUGGGGCGCAUGCCGAUGACUCCCUGGGUUGUAUCCCUCUGUGUGUGUGUUUGGUUUUCAAACGUAAUCUGUCACUGUGACACCGAAGCCCCUGUCUGUGUGAGGGGCCCUCUUCAUUUUUAUCCGUGAUGUAAGCGAGGUGAUUUUUUUCUUCCAAAGCAUAAUACAAAAAAAAGCAAAAGCAAAAGUGCCU